GGCACUACAACCACCAGCGCAUUUUUACCCAUUCAAGACUGCGUGCACUAUGAGUUGCAAAUAUGUGUGGGUCUGGAAGGUUGCAAGACUUGUCAUGCAGAUUUUCCAUGACCCAUGACGCCUGCAAUGCAUGACGUAGCAUCACAGAUUUUUACAAGGCUUCCUAAUGCCUAUUCCGCAUGACAAAUUCCCUUGCCCCGUAGCACAAACUGGCCUCCUCUUGCUGGUCAUGCAAUGCAGAUUGUUUUCAGAGUCCAAAGGUAGCAUCACAGGGUAGUUGCCAUCUUCCAGACCCAGAUCGAUAUUUGCAGUUCAUAUGCACCUUUGCGGCACGAAAUCUUCCUUCCUCGAGCGCCUCCUCGAAACGGAAAAGGAAGAGACAAAAAGGGAGUUUCAGAAAUUUCAGUUGGCGAAAAAAUUUUCACGCGUGGCGGAAAUUUGGCUCCUAGGGCAUCUGGACAUGGAGCAGUUUGAAGAUUCAUCCGACCAGGAGGCUUCGGAUGACAAUGAUUCUGAUUCAGACGACUCGGAAAACCAAUCGGAGCACAGCAGCGGUGACAAUGGAGGUCGCUGCAACAGCGAUAAUGAUGAUGAUUCCGAUGGCAGCAGUGGGG